GCUUUAAAUUUUCCACGGCUAUGCGUCUGGAAUAUCGUUAAUUUGUGCGUAACAGAUAAUGCAUCGGACGAAUUUUUCACGUUCAUAUGUUUCCUCAAAGUGACGAGUUGUGGAGAAAUUGCAUCAGAAUGUAACACCUCGUUACAUUAUAAAGAUCCGAGUUGCGGUGAGCUCGGAAAUAAAUGUGUCAUUUUCACCGCGAUUCGGUCAAUGAAUUAUUUAUCGAUCUACUUGGGAAGAUUUUAGGAGAGGCACGAACUUUCCGCAUGAUUUAGUGAACGACGUGUUUAGUGUCACACGUGUACAGUCUGUUGAAUUAUACAACUUUUCCGAGUCGUUCUCGAUGGUUGAUGUUUGUUUACACUACGUGUGUAAUGAUGAGCGAGAAUAUCGAAUAUGAUUCAGAUUCUGGAAAAAACAGUCCAAUAGACGAGCAACAAAAUGGGGCGAACGGCGACCGUCGCAGUUUGCACCCUCAAUCAGUGGGCCAUGGAUUUCGAGGGUAACUCGCGCAGGAUCCUCCAGAGCAUACAAACGGCCAAGGAGGCCGGCGCCACUUACAGGAGCGGACCUGAGCUCGAGAUAUGUGGAUACAGCUGCGAGGAUCAUUUCUACGAGUCGGACACGCUGCUGCACUGCUGGGAGGUGCUGGCCGGCCUGCUGAAGGCGCCGGAAUGCGAGGACAUACUCGUGGACGUCGGUAUGCCGGUCAUGCACAAGAAUGUCACUUACAAUUGCAGAGUCGCCUUUCUGAACAGGAGGAUACUGCUGAUACGGCCAAAGAUGUACCUGUGCGAGGACGGCAAUUACCGCGAGACCAGGUGGUUCUCGCCUUGGACAAAGGAAAGAACCGUCGAAGAUUACUUUCUGCCAAGAAUGAUCGCACAAAUAACGAAUGAAACCAGAGUGCCGUUCGGUGACGCUGUCAUUUCAACUCGAGAUACGUGCAUAGGUUUUGAGAUUUGCGAAGAACUGUGGAAUCCGUCCAGCAACCAUAUACCAAUGGCUCUCGACGGAGUUGAAAUUAUCUCCAACGGCAGUGCAUCCUACUUCGAACUUCGAAAGGCCUACAUAACGAUAGACUUGGUAAAGUCAGCGACAUUCAAAUCGGGUGGCUGCUAUAUGUUCAGCAAUUUACGUGGCUGUGACGGCGCUAGGGUGUAUUUCAAUGGGGGUUCGAGUAUCACGUUAAACGGCCACAUUCUCAAUCGGGGAAAGCAGUUCGCUUUGGAAGAAGUGGAAGUCACGUUAUCCACUAUUGAUCUUGAAGAUAUUCGGAGCUACCGGAAUAGUAUUCGCUCUAGAUCUCAUUUAGCUGCCAGGUCAAACCCGUAUCCCAGAGUAGAAGUGAAUUUUGCAUUAACGUCAGAGAAUCUGAUUUCGAAUCCACCAGAUAGACCCAUCGAUUGCGACGAGGAUACGCAUACGAAGAUUGAAUAUCAUUCCCCUGAAGAGGAAAUUUCAAUGGCGCCAGCCUGUUGGCUGUGGGAUUACCUGCGGAGAUCGUGCCAAGGUGGCUUCUUUCUGCCACUGAGUGGUGGUGUAGAUUCGUCUUCCACAGCUUGUUUAGUUUACUCGAUGUGUUGUAUGAUUGUUGAAUCCGUCAAUAAAGGAGACAUGCAAGUAAUUACGGAUAUAAGGAAAAUAGUGGGAGAUCCGGAAUACGUACCGACGGAUCCAAAGCAACUUUGCAACACACUUCUCGUUACGUGCUACAUGGCUACCGAAAAUUCCUCAGCUGAGACCAAGGGUAGAGCCGCCGAGCUUGCGAGUCAAAUCGGCUCUUAUCAUCAUAGUAUUGUCAUCGAUACAGCUAUUUCAGCAAUUUUAGGAAUAUUUCAGCAAGUUACGAAGUUGACGCCGAAAUUCAAAGUUCAAGGAGGUUCGCCAAGAGAAAACUUGGCUCUACAAAAUAUUCAAGCUAGAAUACGUAUGGUGAUUGCUUAUUUGUUUGCCCAAUUGAUGUUGUGGGUACGAGGUAGGCCAGGUGGUCUCUUAGUCCUUGGAAGUAGCAAUGUCGACGAGGCUCUGCGUGGAUACUUUACGAAAUACGAUUGCAGCAGUGCAGAUGUGAAUCCAAUUGGAGGAAUUGCCAAAAAUGAUUUGAAAAGAUUCCUUGCGUUCUUCCGCAAGAAGUACAAUCUUCCCGCGAUUGAUCAAAUCUUAGAGGCUCAGCCAACUGCCGAACUAGAACCUCUUCAAGGUGGUCAGCUAGCACAACUUGACGAAGUUGAUAUGGGAAUGACUUAUGUCGAACUGGGGAUUUUUGGUCGACUUCGAAAACAGAACUGUGCAGGACCAUUUUCCAUGUUUUGUAAACUCAUCCAUACUUGGGACAAUAUCACUCCGAAAGAGGUUGCGGAUAAAGUUAAACAUUUCUAUCGUUGUUACGCUAUUAAUCGGCAUAAAAUGACGAUUUUAACACCAUCUUGUCAUGCGGAAACGUACAGCCCUGAUGACAACAGAUUUGAUCACCGACAAUUCCUGUACAAUCACACAUGGAAAUGGCAGUUUAAUGCUAUUGAUGAACAGGUGCAAAAGUUGAACAGCGAAGACAGGACUACGAGACCCAGAAAGAGUGCUCCAAAAGUCCCUGCAAAGCCUAGGUUUAUGUCAAUCAGCUCUGUUGUCAGUAAUAAAACCCAUCCAGGCGUCGUAGUUUGACAGUAAUAGCCAAAUAUAUUGAUGGCAGUUAAAAGACUAUUAGUUAUCAAUGUAAUUGAACAAUGGCGUUAUGAAAAAUUAUAUUGUAUAUUCUUGUACCUCAUUGUAAAUUCAAAAUAUACGAUAGAGAUUAAUAUUUUUAAAAAGACUGAAGUGCAAUGUUCCAUGUUUGGCAUAUCAGAAUCAAUAAAUAUAUUUUACAAUAA